CAAUAGCGGAUCCAGGAUUUAAUUUUGUGGGGGGAGGGCUUCAGCCCGGAAGCUUUUUUUUCAUAAACAUAACAAUAAUUAUUUUAGAAAAACAGAAAGAUACUAACUACCUAUAUGAAAUUGUGUUUAAGUGAUUCUUGAAGUCCUAUUAAAUUUAAUUAAACGAGCAAUAAUACUUUAAGACAUAUUUUUUUAUUAUUUUUUACGAUAAAACAUAGUAACAUUUUACCAUUUUGGGGGGGGGGAGUUUCAGCCCGAAAGCCCCCCCGUAAAUCUGCCUGUGGUUGGCUAAAUAUUCAAGUGACCAUUAGAAACGCUUAAAAUGAUGAUAUAUUAUAUAAUCAUGAUGCAACAAAACCUUUAAUUCAAAGUUGUUUUUUUUAAUAAACACCAGAGGUUUUAUCCGGAGCCCUAAAAAAAGUAAUUCGCCCCGGGCCCUAAAUAAUCUGAGUUAGCCAAUGGGGUUGCUUAAAAAAAUUGAAUUAGAAACAGGAAGUGGAACGUUAGUUAUGUUAAUUGAAAUUUAUGUGUCUAAUGUAAUAAGAACAAGCCUAAACAAAUUACAUAAUCAAAUCUUUUAAAUAUGUCAAAAUUAAUCUUAAAAUAGUAUUUCAAUCACAAAUGAUAUCACUAUAAUUUAUUAUAGUCUCUUUCAUAUCGUCCAUAUAUAUUUCAUUUAUGAGGUAUUGUAUUUCGUACUUUCAUUUUUAUUGGUGAGAGAAAAUUACCAAGAUGACAAUCCGUUAACUUAUCAUAAUUAUGAUAACAAAUAGUUUCAAUAUAGAAACUAUUUGUUUUUUCAUAAAUAGUUUUUCAGUUUUUCAUUUAUAAAAGGUAUUUAGAAUAUCAUAAUUUUAAAAUAUAGUAAAUUCCUGAUAAGUUUGUUAUCUUGGUACCUUUGAUGUUAAGCAGAACUAAUUGAUAACCGUGCAUUAACCUCUAUGUUCCCCUUUGCUGUCAGUUGCGUUAUGUAGCCUUUUUUUCUGGUUGUUAAUUUCUUUGUAUUUCUUAAAUGCACUGCUCAGGACGAAUUGACUCGAAAAGUUGGCAGGAGAAAUGUUUAACAACAUUUUUCGUGAAUCGGACAACGCUUAUGGAAGGCUGAAACAGCAAAUUGACACUUUGAAGAUUUUCAAUGCCAAUGUAACUGAGGUGGUUAAGGAUGAAGAAUAUAAGGUAGACUUCGGUUCAGGUGGUAGGACAGUUUCACUAAUUGUCAAGCUGGGGCCAGAAUUUCCUUUAGAGAAGCCAUCACUAUAUAUUUACCCCCCUGUGAUGCACCCCUGGGUCUCUCCAAGUGGUGAAAUUAUUUCUGCCCCUGGAUUACUCAAUUUCACAGUACAUUCCGAUCUUGGACGUGUUGUCCAAGCUAUUAUUAGAGAAUUUCAGCUUCGUCCUCCACAGUUGUUAAAUGGAGAUAUUUCUCCUCCCCAAUUCGAGGUCUCAAAAUUACCCACAACAAGCACACAUUCUAACUACCUUUAUAGCGAUAAGAACUACAAUACAUCCGGUGGUGUUUCUACUUCUUUUCCAGCUUUAAAUGAGAUGUCUACUGCUCAGUUAAAAGAAUUGAAUGAAAAUAGUGACUUACUGAAUAGUUUUAUAGACAAUUUAAAUGUGAAAUUACAAAUAAGUAAAAGUAUUAGUGAAUAUGUUGAGCUUAAUGAAAAAUUGGCUGAUGAAAAUUUGAAGAAAGAGCCUGUACUUGCUGAGUUACAAGACGAUGUGUCGACCUUACUCGAUACAUUGAAAGAAUACAAAUCCAAGUAUGAAGAACUUAGUGCUGAAUAUAAAGACUGCUGUGAUAGGUUUAAUCCUCACCAAAUAAUUCAGAGGAUUAGGGAGAAAGUAAGCGAAGUAGAUGAAGAAAGCGAAAGAAUAGCCGAAGCAUUUCUAACUGGAGAUAUAGAUCUUGAUACUUUCCUGUUAGAAUAUGUUAGUCAUAGAACUCUGAGUCAUUCGAGGAAAAUUAAAGAUGAGAAAUUGAGUCAACAGCUAGAAAAAUUACACCAAGCUGGGUUUUAAUGGGGCUCAAGCAAUAGACACUGAGGUGUUAGUUGAAGCAGAACAACUGAGAGAUAGAAGAAGUCAAGCUAAGAUCUUAGUUGUAUUGGAAUUGGAAAGUCAUGCGAUUACCAACCUUGUGUAUAUUUUUAUUUUUUAUUAAAUUUGCUGUAUAUAUUGACUAAAAUGAUAGUGUUAAUUGCCUUGGGGAAGGUGGACCAAUUUAUCAGUUCCUUUAUUUUUUAAAUUUAUUACGAACAAGGUAUGAGUUGUUUAUUUAAAAUAAAUGUCUAUACUAUUUAUAUGUUAUGUGUAAAAUAUUUAUAAUUUUGCCUACAUUAAAUAUUUUUUUGUUUUUUUUUUUUAUGGGCCUGCUUAUUUUUUUUUUACUCGAGCCCUUAUUACCUUACCAUGUUAAUUAUUUUUAUUUAAAACUAGUAUUAUCAAACAUUAUAUUCUCAGCCAAAGAUAUAUCAGUUUUAUUUCAUAUAAUUUUAACUUACUAAAUUCCAUUAGUAAAGUCAUCGUAGUAAGAGAAAAGGAGUUUAUUUUUUUUUUUUUUAAAUACUUUCUUUUUCUCUUGUUUUUGGUUAUAUUAUUCCAAUUUUUUUUUCAAUGUACAAACUGU